GGUGGAUGAAAGAUCUUUUUCGUCGUGGUCUCAAAGGUCCCUUAGAGGAUGAGGAAUUAUAUCAACAUCGUAAAAAUUUAGAUAGCGAGCGUGUUACUGAGAAAUUUGGUCGUUUAUGGGAUGAAGAACGAAAACGCAAGAACCCGAGUGUUGUACGUAUGAUAGUUAAAGCGUAUGGGUCAGUGUUUUUACCUUUGGGUAUUUUAUAUUCAGUUUGUGAAUCUAUAACAAAAGCUUUACAGCCACUGUUCUUAGGAGGAUUGGUAGCUUAUUUUGCAAAUGGACAAACGGCAAUAAGCGAGAAAAGUGCUUAUCUUUUUGCCGGUGGUAUUGUGUUAUGUUCGAUAGUGCCGGUGCUGACAUUCCAUCCAUUCAUAUUCUACAUAUUUCAAGUGGGUACAAAAAUACGGUUAGCACUAUCAGGUUUGAUAUAUCGUAAAUGUUUGCAAAUUUCUAAAAGUGCCAGCAAUGACGGCUUACGCGGGCGUGCUAUAAAUAUAUUAUCUAAUGAUUUGGGAAGAUUUGAUGUAGCCUUAUGUUUUUUACACGACAUUUGGAAAGGUCCUAUCGAAUCCCUUAUUAUUGGUUAUUUAAUGUACCGAGAAAUUGGUAUGUCGGCUGUGAUUGGUGUGGCGUUCAUGUUGAGUUUUAUUCCACUACAAGCAUGGGCCGCUAAAAAGGCUGCAUAUUAUAGACAGAGGACAGCGGAACGAACAGAUCUUCGUGUAAAGCUUAUGAACGAAAUUAUACAAGGAAUUCAAGUGAUAAAAAUGUACGCAUGGGAAAAAUCUUUUGCCAAGGUAGUAGCCGAAGUUAGAUUGAAAGAAGUUAAAGCUAUACGAGGAACUUCGUAUAUACAUGCUGCUCUAAGUUGCACAUCGAUGAUAUCUCCACUUUCAGUGUUUUUGGCAUUAGUUUCAUAUGUAUAUAUGGGUGAUACUUUGACUGCAAAACGAGUAUAUACUGUGUCGUCAUAUUUCAAUAUGUUAAAUGAUUCUAUGGUACACUUCUGGCCCCUUUCAAUAACGUUUAUUGCUGAGGCCUGUGUCUCAGCCAGAAGAUGCAAAGAAUUUCUAUUGGAUGGUGACCAGGCUGAAGCUCCAUUGAAAUUAGAAAAGAAAUUAAAAAAGAAAAAGGCGAAUAAAUCUCAAAAUAAAGACCAAAAUAAAAAUACAGUAGAUAAAUUAAAUUUCAUAGACAAUCGAAUAGAAGCGACUAUUGAAUCUAGUCCUGUGCGAAAUGUAAGAACAUUAAAUAUUAAUGCGGUUUCCAAGGGAGUGACACUGCGUAGUGCAACUGCAACAUGGGAUAGUGACAGUUCACAUGGCUACACAAGUCCAGCAAUAUCAAAUUUAAAUGUUGAAAUCAAUGAAAAAACUUUGGCAGCAAUUGUUGGGCCAGUAGGUUCAGGUAAAUCGACUUUUCUUAAUGUUCUUUUGGGAGAAGUUCAAAUUGAUUCCGGUGAAGUUCUAGUCAAUGGAAAAGUAUCAUACUGCUCUCAAGAACCUUGGGUUUUUGAAGGGACAAUUAGAGACAAUGUUGUCUUUGUUGAAGAUUAUAAUGAAAGACGAUAUAAGCGCGUCUUAAAAGUGUGCGCUUUAGAAAGAGACCUUGAGUUGCUCCCCCGAGGAGAUUUGACAAUAGUUGGAGAGCGUGGAGUUAGUCUUAGCGGUGGUCAAAAAGCUCGAAUAAAUUUAGCCAGAGCUGUUUAUCGUAAAGCGGAUAUUUACCUAUUAGACGAUCCUUUAUCAGCCGUAGAUACUCAUGUUGGCAAGCACAUUUUUGAGAGAUGCAUAAAUGAUUUCUUGUCGUCGAAAAUUCGAAUAUUGGUUACACAUCAGUUGCAGUAUUUGUUUGACGUUGAGCAACUUUUGUUAAUGGGAUCGGGGAGAAUUGUAGCUCAAGGUAGCUAUCAGGAACUGCAAAGGUCUAAACAAUUUCAAUUUUUGGCUCAAACCCACCAUGAAUGUGGCGGAGGAGAUACGGCUGGUGAUGAAGUUAGUGUUAGCAGUCACUUGUCAAGAAGUGACUCAGAAAAAAGUAUGGAACAUUAUUACCAUUUGUUGCGACCAGACGAAAAGCCUGUCGAAGAUGUGAAUAAGGAAGCCCAAGCAAUAGGGUCUGUUAAGCUAGAUGUCUAUCUUUCUUACUUUAAAGCCCUUGAAAGUACCUUUAUACUAAUCCUUAUAGUAGGACUCUUCAUAUGUGCCCGCAUAAUGCUGAAUGGUGUUGAUUAUUUUUUGUCACGAUGGGUUAUUUGGGAGGAAAACAAAAAUUCAUCCUAUGUUGGUGCAAAUAGUUCUUUCACAGAAGUUCUGAUUUCGAAUUACACAAUUUUUGAUGCAACUUCCGAUGGAGACUUUCAAGAGAAAGAAAAUGAAAGACAGAAGAGAGUAAUUAUUUAUUCAUCAAUGUUGGGUGCUACCCUGGUUGUGUAUUUGUUACGGACUUUUGGAUUUUUCCGAAUGUGUUUACGAAUUUCUCUAAAGUUACAUGAUCGUUUAUUUCGAGGCAUUACGCGCACAAGCAUGUACUUUUUUAAUACAAACUCUUCUGGUCGCAUUUUGAAUCGUUUUUCAAAAGAUAUCAGAACAGUGGAUGCGGAUUUACCUCACACAUUAAUGGAUUGUUUAUCUUUCGCGAUUGAUGCCUCAGGCGUACUGAUUAUAGUGGCGAUUGCAAAUUAUUGGCUGUUAGUGCCUGCAGUUGUAAUAGUAAUUUGUCUUGUUGGUAUACGAUUUCUCUACGUAAACACGAGUCGCAGUGUCAAACGUUUGGAGUCUAUUUCGCGCAGCCCUGUGUACUCGCUCACCAAUCAAACCUUCCAAGGACUUACAACAAUUAGAGCAUUGGAAGCCGAAUCAGCAUUAGAGUCGGAAUUUCAUGAUUAUUUAAACGCAAAUACGUCUGCAUGGUUCUUGUUUCUAUCCUGUACUAGAGCAUUUGCUCUAUGGACAGAUAUUAUUUGUGUUUUUUAUAUAACUGUCGUUACAUUUAGUUUUCUAUUGCUUGGAGCGGACUUUAACAGUGGAGACGUUGGCUUGGCCAUUCUACAUUCAAGUACUAUGAUUGGUAUGUGUCAAUGGGGCAUGCGUCAAACAGCAGAAUUAGAGAAUCAAAUGACCAGUGUUGAACGUGUGUUGGAGUAUACCGAACAACCACCAGAGCCACCAAUGGAAACAUUAGAUAAAUUCAAACCCAAAGGUGAAUGGCCAAGUAAAGGUCGUAUUGAGUUCAUUAACUUCAAAUUGAAAUAUGAUCCGAAAGAGUCGUAUGUUUUGAAGGAUCUGAACUUUACUAUUGAAUCGAAUGAGAAAGUUGGCAUCGUAGGAAGAACAGGAGCUGGUAAAUCUUCUAUUAUACAAUCACUAUUUCGCUUAGCCUACAAUGAGGGUGUAAUUCGUAUUGACAAUGUGAACAUUGAACAACUAGGACUUUAUGAUUUGAGAAGCAAUAUUUCUAUCAUACCACAAGAUCCUGUACUAUUUUCGGGCACUUUACGCUAUAAUCUGGAUCCAUUAGAAGAAUGCAGUGACGUGGAUAUGUGGAGGGCGUUAGAAGAUGUCGAACUGAGAGGACAUGUCUCGACACUUAUUGGUGGAUUAAACUGUCGCAUGUAUGAUGGUGGCUCCAAUUUUAGUGUAGGCCAAAGACAACUGGUUUGCUUAGCAAGGGCCAUUCUCAGAAAAAAUAAAAUUUUAAUACUAGAUGAAGCUACAGCUAACGUGGACCCUGAAACCGAUAAACUUAUACAAAAAACUAUAAGAACGAAAUUUUCAGACUGCACCGUUCUAACCAUAGCUCAUCGUUUGCACACUGUCAUGGAUAGUGACAGAGUUUUAGUUAUGGAUGCUGGUCAAGCUGUUGAACUUGGUCAUCCUUUUGAGUUACUACAAAAACCAGGUGGCUUCUUACGUACGUUAGUUGAUCAUACCGGCCUAGCGACAGCAGCAGCCCUAUUUCAAGCUGCUGAGGAAAACUAUAAGUUGAAAUUUGAAAGAACUAAAAACGACACAGAUACAAAAAAACAAUUGUGAUAAAAAGUAUUACUGAAACUGCUACAUCGUAUACAUACAUAUACAUUCAUAUUUACAUACAUAUAUGAAACCUACUUACGAAUGAAAUCUCUUUUUAAAUGUAUUAGUCAAUUUUUUAUUUAAAUGUUUAAAACUAUCAUCAAUUAAUUUUCAUUAAGUAUUCAAUUUAUACUGCCAAUUUAAAAAGUUCGGUACUUGAUUUAUUUCUUCCAUUUAUGUGUUCUAAUUAAAUACAUACAAAACAUACGAUACCUAUCUAUGUUCGUAUGUAAGUGUAAAUUGUAAAAUAUAAUAAUUUAUUAUAGAUGUUUGUAUUAAUUUAAAUUAAAUGCAAUUUAUUAUAUAAAGUAUUCAUAAUCAGAUCAAAAAUCAUAUAGGAAUUUACUUCUUUUGUUGUUUUUAUAUUAUAUUAGAAGUUUAUAUAUAAGACUAACAAUUAAAAUGAAUACACGUAUACGUACUUACAAAUACAAUACAUAUUUUUGUACUUAACAUAUUUAAAAACCAAAUAAAGUGCCUAAACUUAUGCAAUUUUUCAUGAGAAAAAUUUAAAAUUAUAAAUAAUAAUAAUAAAAUAAAUGCUAUAUGAUGGUCACUAAAC